GUCUGCCGAGCCGAGGGGGGCGCUACGGCUGCCUAGCGGAAACACUGGUGAUAUCUAUGUAUAAAUCCACGCACCCAGACAGCCGUGUUUACUAUCAUACACCGUGACCGACACCAAAACUUCCUAAACACUCAUGAGCCACAUCGACUAUUGUGUCUGACUCCGGGACGCUCACAAACGGGUUUGGAUCAUGUUGUCACUGGUCGGUGCGCGGUCCAUUCGGUGGUUCAGGACCGUCCUUCCAGUGAGGUACUCAGUCGUUACGGGGGGACAAACUUAUGAUACGCAACCCACAGAGGAAGCACUAGGUAGACAUGUAAACUCCGGGCCACCCAAAGUGGGCUCAUCGUUUGUAUGUAGGACACACGUGGGGUCAUUCCGGGGUUAUUGCACUGCACACACCAAACUCAGUUGUUGGAAGUGUCAGCAGACCCUUGAAGACCAGCCAACCUUCUUCUGUCCUCUCUGCAAAGUCGUCCAGCCGGCAGAUGAGUCAGCAUCCCACUUCCAGAUUUUGAACAGUCCCCACUCAUUCACGCUGGACACACAGAAGCUUCAGAAGACGUACCUGCAGCUGCAGCGCACCCUACACCCAGACAACUUCAGCCAAAACACAAAGGAGGAGCAGCAGCACUCGGAGGACCAGUCGGCCCUGUUGAACAAGGCGUACCGGACGCUGCUCAAGCCUCUGAGUCGAGGCCUGUAUAUGUUGGAGCUGGAGGGCAUGGCCCUGGAGGAGGGGAGCGACUCCGGGGCGGACCCCAGCUUCCUGAUGGAGCUGAUGGAGCUGAACGAGGCGGUGGAGGACGCGCAGACGCCGGAGGAAGCCGACCGGAUCGGCCGCGACACCAAAGGGGAGCAUGAAGCUGCCAAGGCACUGCUUAUCCGGAUGAAGUACUUUGCAACCGUUGAAGAGAAAGUGAAAGAACAACUUUCUAAGCUUAUGUGAUAUAUAUAAUUUUUAUUUGAGCAAGUUUAAAAUGUGCAGGAGCAAUUUACAUUCAAUGUGUGGUAUAUUAUAUAUUUAUAUAUGAGUUUGUUUAAUAUUUUAAAUAAAGGAAAUUUUAUUCUAAAGUAUGAAUAAAUUAAAUUGAUUAAGAAAUUUUGCCUGAUUGGAUGAUCGUCCUCAAGGCCUAUUAUUAUGAGAGGCUUCAAACCUCCCAAAGUGUCAUUCAUAUGUCAGGUACCGGUUUUUCUAUACAAGCAAGUCGAUGAUUGAAUGCUAAUGAGGUAAUUAUGUUGAUUAGUUACGAUGAUUUUCGUCAUCCCCGUGUCUAGCCACAAAGUAUUCAGUUCCUAGGGUUACCUUAAGGUGGAGACAAAAUACCUUGACAACUCGGCAGAAAACUGCACCGCAACUUGCUCUUGAUGAAUCAAAAGGAAAUCUUUUUUUCAUAGAAGUAUACUCACUUAUUUCUAUUCAUGAUAGCUUUAGUAUACAUAACGGUAAGGAUGUGAUCUGAAGGGCUACAUCCAUGUGAUGUCUGGGACUCCUUAUGGAUAGAAAAACCCUGCAUAUUGAUUUGUUUCUCAAAAUGGAAAUUAUGUAAGUUGAUGCGGCAUAUUUAUUCCUCAGCUUGAAAAACAACCCAUUUUCGUCUCUAUUUCCUCCCACACGUAGAAGAGGUUUCCCUAUAGACCAUAGGGCAUUAAGCAAGGGCUUCUCCCAGGUUUUCCUCCAAAUGGAGACAAGCCAUCUCAUUUAUUAUUCAUGUCGUAAUCGGAAGCCAUGAUCCACGCGGUGCCUCGUCUAGAUUAAUGAGAAAAUGUGAUGGACCAACUCUCUCGGGCCACUCGCGUCUCUCCCGACUCUUUGAAAUUGAGUUUGAAAGAGAGGGAAAAGGGGAGAACUCAGCAGCUCAGCACAGUAAUUUACUGGGAUGGAAAAAUGAACUGCGAGCUGCUCUUUAGAUUAGAGGAGGUGUGCUCUGGUAGGAAUUUGAACAGGGCUAAAUGAGGCGAUACAUUCAACCCAUUCACUGCUCGUCCAUGUGUCUGAUAUGAACUCUUCUUGGAUUGGUUGCGUAGAUUAGAGUUAAUUUCAAAUACUUUAACUUUAACCGAGCAAUCACCGUCACAACCUGUCGACGUUGCGUUAACAGUUUAAUGUAGUUUCUCCUUCAAAAGGCCAGUAGUUAUGUUAGAGCGGCAGACCUUUCGCUGUUGGAUGAUUGAGGAUUCACCAGACCUCCUCUGGUCAAAUAUAUGUUCAAAGUACAGACCGUCAUGUUGAGCACGACGGUCAGGGGUUCAAACCCCGCUUGGACCAAUCCGGGAUUCCUCUCUGUGCGCCAGCUUCCUCCCACACCAAAGGCAUGCGAGUGAUAAACCUGCAAGUGACCUUGAUCAAGGCACCGGUUGGGUAGUGGAUCCCUGGGUGGCUGCUGCUUAAAAGCAGUAAAGCUGAAUCAAAUGUGAUCUAAUCUAAUUUAAACUGAUGUAAUCUGUCUUGCUAUUACUAUCUUAAUAUUAUUUCAUUUAUGAAGACCUGUAUAACCACCUCUCUUCAAGACAAAGAGAACCAUAAAACACAUGGAUUAAAUCCAACACAAUGUAUUAUGCUGCUGUUUAAGUAAACAUUGUAAAUUGGCUAUAUUAUUGUAGGACACAUAUGACCUAAUCGUAACAAAAUGCAGAUCACAACAAUUGCAUUUGAUAUCAGCCCAUAGAGAUGCACAGGAAUAUGACAUCCACUGGCAUUGAAGCCGUGGAGACCUCAUUCUCAAAAGAAAAGGCAAUUCAACACCUUAACAUGCAACACCCCUCACUUGACAGAUGUCCACACUAAUGCACGAUGAGCAGUUCUCCAAUGGCUCGUUUUCCCUUUUCCUUCCCGUGUUGGUCCGCAGUCCUGGGAAAUCAUCAGAUCUUCCCUCACAGCGUGCCUCUGCGUGACUGGAGCUCACGGAAUCCCAACUGCCUCCCGCAUAAUCCGAGCGGCUGCGUCUUCAUUGUUUAUUCUGUCUGCCACUGUAGGCCAGUAAUGACAUUGUGGUCUGACACAGCAGUCGCUAAUCCGAACCGGGAAUGGGUGCUGUGUCCCUAUUCUGUUCUUGGAGAGACGCCGUUUCUGGUACACUGUCGUUGUCAUUGGUGUCUAGGACAAAUAUGCAUGAUCUAACCCGCCAGCACAGCCUCUAUUCUGCACCGCCGCUGCCUUCCUCAGUUUACCAGGAGCCUCGCUGUGUCCUUCUCAGGUGCCCGCGGUGCAGAGGAGAUGUUUUAACACGUUGAGUUGCCAGCAGAAGCCAAGUAAAUCGCUUGCGGCCAUUCCUUUUUUCCGGUUGCUUAACAGCCCAGGCAAAGUCUACUGUAGGCUCUGAGGUCGGACAAUCUUGGAUUAUCCUCGUGUUAAACACGUGUUUGGAUUGUUAUUUUUCCGAUCAACAACAAUCAGGCGCCACCCUGGCUGUGGUGAAUAUUCAUCUCACUUCAGACGUUGUACAGCAGCUACAUCGUCUUGCCAUGACUGACAUUGGUACUCGUAUUUCCGUGCUACAGUCCUCAAAAGUAGAGUUUACUUGGUUGUUUUCCCCUCGCCAUCUAUCUAUAUCUAUGUUUAACAUCAUGUCCCAAUGCAGGAUAGGCACUCCUCUUCGAUACAAACCCUGUGAGGAGAUUUAAUGAUGAAGAUUUAGAAGACAGACUGGUCAUUCAUUAGUGUGUUCACGCUUCACAUCAACUCUCUCUUUAACAUCCACACAGAAAAUUGAUUGCGUGAGUCAAGCAUGAAUUAGUUAUUGAAUAACUAGAUGAUUACACACUAACUUAUGUAAUGGAUUGCUCCACUCUAAUCUCUGAUAUUUGUAGCAAUGUAGCAAUGAAUUCAAGAUGGAAAAACACGAUAAAGGGCCCUGUUUCCAAAUUGAUUAACGAAACAAGAUGAUAACGGUGGAUAGUGGCAGAUAAUAAUGUGGAUUUCAAGCGGCUCGAAACAAACAAAGGAA